AUGACGACCAUAAACUCAGUACCUCUGAUAUUAUUCGUUCUUAUUUGCACUCAAUUAAAGAUUAUCACCUCAUCGAAAUCGUUUGCCAUUGAUUAUAAAAAUAAUCAAUUUCUACUCGAUGGCAAACCGUUCCAGUAUAUCUCAGGAAGUAUCCAUUAUCAUCGACUUCAUCCAAGUCAAUGGAACGAUCGCCUCGCUCGUGUGAGGGCAGCCGGUUUGAAUGCGAUUCAAUUCUAUAUUCCAUGGAAUUAUCAUGAAACUUUUGAGGGGAAGAUAGACUUCUCGGGAAGUAGGAAUGUGACUCGUUUCCUGGAAUUGGCAAUGCAGAAUGAACUGUAUGCUCUGGUCAGACCUGGCCCUUACUCAUGUGGCGAGAUUGACGCCGGUGGACUUCCGUGGUGGUUACUCAAAUAUGAAGAUAUUGUAAUGCGAACAGCUGAUUCCAGAUUUCUCGAAGCCGUUAAGAGAUGGUGGGAUGUUCUGUUGCCAGUUUUGAAGCCAUAUUUGCGUAAGAACGGUGGCCCCAUAUUGAUGUUGCAAAUGGAGAAUGAAUACGGCAGCUAUGCGGCUGGAUGUGAUCGUGACUAUACAAUAUUUCUAAGAGAUUUAGCAAGGCAGCAUUUGGGUGACGACGUCGUUUUAUAUACAACCGAUGGUGGAGAUGAGUCUUAUUUGAAGUGUGGUAAAAUUCCCGGUGUAUACGCCACUAUCGAUUGUGGUCCCACAUCGCCGGAAGGAUUCAAUCACAGCUUCACUGCACAACGUCAUUUUGAGCCAUCUGGUCCUCUCGUGAACUCUGAAUACUAUCCCGGUUGGUUCUCGUGGUGGGGUGAAAAAGCAUCCGGUGAUCAGCCAAUCGAGAACGUUUUAAAUGGCAGUGUGUACAUGUUCGAAAAGGGUGCCAGUUUCAACUAUUAUAUGUUCCAAGGAGGAACGAAUUUCGCUUUUUGGGCUGGUGGCGAGCUGGAGGAUUCGAUCACGACUUCAUAUGAUUUCUGGGCGCCUUUAUCAGAAGCCGGCGACAUAACGGAGAAAUAUCUGGCGAUACGAAAUUGGAUUAAAACGAUUCCGCACUGGCCGAAUCCACCAAAAGACAUUCCCAAGAAUAACUCGAAGUCAGCAUAUGGCAAAGUGCAGAUGAAGAAGGUGGAUUCGCUGGUAUCUCACGAAAUGCUCGCUGUAAUGUCGAAAAAGUGUCCACUGAUAAAGUCAAAGUAUCCGAUGUCGUUCGAGGAGCUUCAGCAUCCUUUCGGAUUCGUCGUUUAUAAGACGAAAUUACCCGUUGCCGGUGGUAAUCUCUCAGUACCAGGUCUUAAGGACUACGGAUACGGAUACCUGUUCAAUAACUUCGAGAAAUGCAGUAAAACAUGGAUGGUGAUUAAGGCUGAUGCAGGAGACUAUCUCUCUAUCAUUGUAGAGAAUCGUGGUCGUCUAAUCAUUAACAAUUAUGGAUUACCAACGGCAAAUGACCCAAAGGCUUACAUGGUCGGUAAACUUAUCGAUAAGAAAAUGUGCGGCAUUCUAUCGAACGUUACUCUGAACGGUGUUGUUAUCGAAAACUGGCAUCAUUACCGAGUUCCGCUUCCGAAUGUUCAAGACGAAACAUUCGAUAUUUUCGAAUCGCUCUUAAAUUCAAGGCAAUCCAAGUUUGACAUCGAUCCACUGCAGUGGAUUUUCCAUCCUUAUUGGCUCAGUCAAUUGAAUUUUCAGCUACAGAAACAACGAACGCUUUCUGGCGAUCCUGGCGUUUACGUUGGGCACUUUAUGGCUGAAACACGCCAAGACACGUUUCUGGAUCCAACCGGUUGGGGUAAAGGACAAGUCUUGGUGAACGGCUUCAACAUUGGACGUUACUGGCCCGGUGUUGGCCCUCAGAUAACUUUAUAUGUUCCGUCAUCCAUUAUUGGAGAGGUCAAUACCGUGACGUUGCUGGAAUUGACUGGAGCACCAGCUUGCAAACAAGCUGUCUGUUCAAUUGAACUCAUCGACCAUCCCAUAGCCAAUUAUUCAGUUUCUAGCUUAACACAUCAUUCAGGGCGUCACGGCAUGCACAAAAUAAGAAAGCUUAAGAAGAAUUCAACGAGGCUAUAA